AUGGCAGCGGCAAUCAAGGAAGUGGGCGGCGACAAAGUCACGCCCAUUGCCGUCAGCUCUCGUAGAAACACGGCCUCAAAGAGUGCUGCAGCCCGCGCCGCCAUCAUCGGGAGUCUCCCCUCGCCUCCAGCGAGUCUGCCGACGCGUAAAUUCCACUUGGAUGGGAAGACAGAGAUCCACGAGAGCGCCAUUGAGGAUGACCCAGUUAACGGGUCAGCCGACGAAGGCGAUGAUGAUGCUCAAAAGGCUCGUAUUCGUCGCGCCAGCGAUGGACAGCCUCUCGUAAAAGAGGGCAGAAAGUUCAACCGCAUCGAGCUCAAGUGCGAGACGUGCGGAAAGGGAUACAAGCACAGCAGUUGCCUGACCAAGCAUUUGUGGGAACACACUCCCGAGUGGUCCUUGACUUCCAAGCUGCUUAUUUCUAAGCAUCAGCAAGUCCAGCUCCUUGAGGCUGCCUCUGUCUUGUUGACCAUGAACCACAAAGAGGAAGGCGAUGCGGCGACUCCCCCGGAUUCCGCCAAGGAUUUCCCUAGUGACCAAGAAGAGUCGACUUCUCCCGCUGCUUCUGGAUAUUCAGACGAGCGACACAGCUCUGCCGAUACCACCCCACCUCCUCAAUUGGAGGGAUUCUCGACAUCGGAUCGUUCGUUCGCGAAGCGGUACGGGUCCGGAAGUGGAUUCGGUCGUUCUUACCAGUCGGCGCCGUCCAUCAAUCCUCUCGUGACAGGCAGCAUGCCCCGUGGAUCAGGAUUCUCUUCACACUUCCGUCAAACCAGCCAGGACCAACGACCGCCGUCGUCAGGAAGAAACGCCACCGGACAAGAAGAUCAGGAUCUGGCAGCCGCCGUGGAGCUCCUGAGCUGCAGCUUCAACAGCAACAACGGGAGAACAGUGCAGCUUCCAGCAGAUGCCCCUCCUGUGCCCCCGCUACCGGCGCAAUAUCUCGAUCAAGCGGCAUCCUUCUCGAGUGCCGGGUUCAGCGCAGGUUUCAGUGCCGGAUUCCUGAACAGCUUCCCUAGCAGGCAGCCAGAGAGCUUCACACGAGGCGAGGUCCGCGGCUCCGAUGUCAAAAUGGAAGACAGCGACAGCGUGAUGGACGAUGAUGACUUUGACCGCCGAUCUCGAUCUCGAAGCGACGAAGAUGACGACGGCGUCUUCGGACGUAUGGAGGAAUAG